AUGAGGAAAUUAAAGCACCUCUGCAUGGACAUCCAAGACAUUGAGCUCGAGGCCUUCUACCAAAGAGACGACAGCGCAGAAGAUUGGGAGAGUGACGGAGCGUAUCUGGAACGCUGCUUCUUGGAGAGUGUAUGGAAUUAUGAAGCCCUGAUUCUAUGGGGAUCACUCAGCGAAUCUUACAUCAAAUGGGAACCGAACGAGGAACAAGGCUUCGAAGAUGCGAUCAUUUCUCUGAUCGGAGGACGACCUAGACCAAAAGAUACUCUCACGAAUGAGAGAAAUCCCAAGUAUAACACACUGUCUCUGUUCGGAGUCCCAGGGCCCGAAACCGUAGUGCCGAAAGCUGUGUAUCUGGAGAACGUGGAGAAAAGCAGUGGGCCCAUCACUACUUUUAGUCCUGGACGCGGAGGAGAACCCUCACCGAACGAAAAGAGCAAGGUCUGGUUCCGUCGCGCGAUUGAAGUAGCGAGGAAGAGGGGCAGGGAUCUGCAUACGCUCACGAAUCGCACCAAGCCGCGCCAUCAGAUUGAAUUCCCUGAGGCGCCUGAUAAAUUGGGUCUUCAAUGUGUAUACGGGUCGUAG